AUGGCCGGACGCAGGGGCGCCAGCUGCUGCCCCCUGAACCAGGACAACGCUCGCUUCUUCCUGCUGGCCGCCCUCAUCCUGCUCUACCUGCUGUGUGGCGCCGCCAUCUUCUCCCUGCUGGAGCAGCCGUCCGAGCUCAGCGCCCGCCGCCUGUGGCAGCAGCAGCUGCGCAGCUUCACCCAGAGGCACCGGGUCAACGCCGGGGCGCUGACCAUCAGAGUGGACGCGCUGCGGCCGCGCUGGGACUUCUCCGGCGCCUUCUACUUCGUGGCCACCGUGGUGUCCACCAUCGGCUUCGGAAUGACCACGCCGGCGACCUUGGCCGGGAAGGUCUUCCUCAUCCUCUACGGCCUGAUCGGCUGCGCCGCCACCAUCCUCUUCUUCAACCUCUUCCUGGAGAGGAUCAUCACGGUGCUGGCCUACAUCAUGCGCUGGUGUCACGAGCGCCGGCUCAGGUGUGCGGGCGAGGGGGCGGAGUCUAACAGGCAGGCGCCGUCCGAGGAGGACGACAGCCUGGAGGGCUGGAAGCCGUCGGUCUACUACGUGAUGCUGAUCCUGGUGCUGGCCUCCAUCCUCAUCGCCUGCGGCGCCUCCACGCUCUACAGCUCCAUGGAGAACUGGAGCUACGUGGACUCGCUCUACUUCUGCUUCGUGGCCUUCAGCACCAUUGGCUUCGGCGACCUGGUGAGCAGCCAGCGUCGGCGCUACGAGUCGCAGGAGGCCUACCGAGUCUGCAACUGCCUCUUCAUCCUCAUGGGCGUGUGCUGCAUCUACUCGCUCUUCAACGUCAUCUCCAUCAUCAUCAAACAGACCCUCAACUGGAUCAUUGGGAAGCUGCUGUGCUGCAGCUCCGUCCCGGGAUGCUGCGGCUUCUGCUGCCUCCAGAGCAAGAAAGCCGCCCGGCGCCGGCAGAGGCGCUUCAAACGCAACACGGUGCAGCCGCUUCCGUCCCAGAGGCCGGCGGGUCGCCGCCUCUACCCCGGCGGCUCCGUGGAGACCAUCUGCGACAGCGAGACGGACGCGGCUCUGGACCGGGCCCCGGUGGGCCGCAGACUCUCCGGAGAGAUGAUCUCGGUGAGGGAGCUCACCGUGUCCAACAAGGUGUCGCUGGCGCUGCUCCAGAAACAGCUGAGCGAAACGGCCCAUCAGGGCCCGCGGCCCGGUCACCAGAACGGCUUCUCGGCUGGAGUCGGGGCCCUGGCCUUCAUGAACAACCGGCUGCAGGAGACCAGCAUGGACAGGUAGCGCCGUCGCUCCGCAGCCACCGGGGGGCCCCGGAGAGGGGGCUGGUCUCAGCCACUGUCCCUGGAACAUGGGAAUCAAUGAGGAAAUAAAGGCUGGACAAAAGCACUUUCACAAACAUAUGAUUUCAUAAUGGAGGGAUUUUAUUCAGUGCGAUGAGUGGAACCCAAACUGAAACAGAGGUUUGUUCAGGGUCUCUCACGCAAACAAGUCUGGCUCCGUCAAACCUGAACCUGAACAUGGAAAAUGAGAGGAACAUUACACAUUAACACAUAAAUAAAAUAAAAUGAAGAAAGAUUUUUUUUUUCAGCAAAAAAAAAAAAAAAUCAUGGAAAUGUAUAUGUAUAAUAUUUAUACAGCACAUUGAGGUCACAAAGUCCUUCGCAUUCAAAAAUAUUACACAUUAAUAAUAACAGCAACAGAAAUAAAAUAGUAAUAAUAAUAAUCUUGAAUUUUUGGGGAAAAUAAAUCGGAAAAAUAAAUACACAAAAAUAAAUAAAAAUGAAAGAAGUGAAGAGAUGAAUCUGGUUGGACGUGAACGUGGUGAUGCUGCUAUUGUCCAAUGUAUUUCCUCAUUCGUUCCCACAUCAUGGAGGCACAUGGGGUUCCACAGUGGGAGUGUGGCCUCCAGGUGGUGAGUGCGGCUCAAAGAAGUUGUCUCCUGUCAGCAGAAAGUGGAGCGCAGAAGGUCGUGGAUCCGGCUGGAGCACUGCCUUCUGACCAAGAGUCAGAUUCACGGACGUUCUCUCUGCCGUGAGCGUGAAGGCGAGGGGGGGAAAGGAAGCCUGGAGAGGGGUCUGAUGUCCUCGAGUGAUUGGCUCAUACGAAAGCAAUCAGGCAGAAGCAGCGGUGAGGAGCUCUUCAAGCCACUGACGUGGCCCCGCUGAUGGUGGCGCCGCCAGCUUGUUAUGCAACCGGCCCAAUUCAAUCUCUGCAUCACAGCGUCGCGCGGCCACAUCGAAUCAGACACGACGGCUCUCCGCCAGAGGCCGAGGGAUCGCCAUGACGACGGGCUCACAGGACCAGUGCCACUCCUGGAUGAGAAGGGUGAAGGGCCACUCCGCCAACUGUGGCCACUGUGAGGGGCCCUGGAGGACGGGAGGAAAGUCUUCUCUGGAACACUGUGUUAUAACAGGAGAAAACCCUGUAAUAACACUUCGCUCCACUGUUCUAGUUUAUAGAAAGAUUUUCAAUAUACAUCAUCUACAGGGAUUUUUAUUGAGGGACCAACAUAUCAGACUCUUUAGCAGUAAAACUGAAUGUCACUAGGAAAAUGGGAACAUAAAAAAAUCUAAUUCAUUAUUAGAAUUCAAACAGCAGAACAUGAAAGUAAAAUGUCUCUGGUGGUUUUGAGGACCGGAUAAAUGCAGGUAGAGCGCCGCAUGUGGCCCCGGGUCGCGCUUUGCCUACUAGUGGCUCCACAGCGGCAUAACAGUGAACAACUUGAAACAACCAUCAGAAGGCGCAGCACGUCGCCGGCUGUGUUGAGGACAUGAGCUCAUCUGGUUCCCUCAGACGGCACCGCGACGCUGAGGCUCCCGUCGGACCAAACCUUUGUGGCUCUUAAUCCAGGAGAAGAAGAACGUACUUCAGCUGAAGCAGCCACCAAGGUCAUCGGCUCCAUAACAAAGAGUGAGAUGGAGCUUUGAGUCUUUGAGUCAGGUCACAUCUGCUGGAAUUCAGUCACCAGUCAGAACCUUUGAGCUUGAGGUCGGAGGUCAGAUCAGCGGACAGGUGAGGUCGGCCAAGUCUGACUUUAGUUUGGAGCACUGAUCCUUAAGCACAGGGCCGGGCCGCUAGAAGCCGUGUGACGCUCAGCAGUUUGUCAUUGAAUUGACUUGACAGUUGCAGGUUUGAUAGUUACUAACUAUGGAGAAGUUCUUGAAAAGAAAAAAAUGAUAAAGAAAGUGACGUCACACCCCCUAACAGUAACCACUGUUCAUGAAAGCAAAGUAGAAUUAUUUAGAAAAGUUUAUGGCGAUUUAGACUUCACUUAUAUCUUCUUUCGAGUUUGUUUUGAAAAUAAAACACAUUAGUUUUAUUUUUUUAUAUUUAUGCAUUCUUUUAUUGUAUUAAUUUUAUUAUGAAGUUUUUUUUUCAUUUUACUCAAUAGUUUGCCUCAAGUGAAAUAAAUAUCUUUGCACUGA